CUUGUCAUUUCAACAUAUUUUUUUUCUUCAUCCAAAUUAAAGAUGGAUUCUUUUUCAAUAGAAACAAGUUCUUAUGAGGGAAUCAAAAUCAAAGAUGAAGAAGAGAUUACUACCUUCAAGAUUAGUAAUAAUAAUAAUAUUCUAGAUCAAGAAAAUACACAAAAGGGAAAACAAUACAUUGGAGUUAGAAAACGUCCAUGGGGAAAAUAUGCAGCUGAAAUUAGGGAUUCGACGAGAAAUGGAAUUAGGGUUUGGCUUGGAACAUUCGAUACUGCUGAAGAAGCUGCUUUAGCUUAUGAUCAAGCUGCAUUUUCAAUGCGCGGUCCUUCAACAUGCCUUAAUUUUCAAGUUGAAAGAGUACAAGAAUCGUUACGAGGAUUCAAGUAUAAUGAUAAAGAGGGUUCAACAUCGUCUAUAACUGAAGUUAUAAAGGAGAAACACAAGAAGAGAAACAGCAAAGGUAAAAAGAUAAUUAAAUCUAAUAAGGAAGAAAAUAAUAAUAAUGUGUUGGUUCUUCAAGAUUUAGGUCCUGAUUUAUUAGAUGAACUCUUAUCUAAGUGUUCAACUUCUGAAUAAAUUUCACCUUCUUUUUUUUUUCUCUAAUUUAUCAUAUAAUUAAAAGUUUUAUUGUUUCCUUUUUUUAUUUUUCCCCAAUAUCUUUUGUAUGAAACCCUAAUGUCAGCGAAUCAAAACUAUCAGAUUGACUUACAGUUUAGUAAUAUCGAUGAGAGUUUUUUUAAUAUAAUAGAAAAAAAAAUA